AUGAAGAAGACAAAGAAGGCUGAUAGAGAAUUGAAGAAAGCUAAUGGUGCUUAUAAAGAUGCUAACACUAAAUUGGUAUUGGUCAAUUCUAGCCAACAAGCUUAUGAUAUUGAACAACAAAGUGGAGCCACACUGAGUGAUGCCCUCACAGCAACGGCUUCAUUCCCCAAACACAACGAGUUUGACUUCGAGUUCUUAGGCAACACGACGGGCGAGCCUUACAUAGUCCAGACAAACGUCUACGUGAACGGAGUUGGAAACAGAGAGCAAAGACUCAACCUUUGGUUCGAUCCCACCACUGAGUUCCACACUUACUCUAUCCUCUGGAGUAAACGCAGCGUUGUGUUUAUGGUAGAUGAGACUCCUAUUCGUGUCCACAAGAAUCUUGAAGACAAAGGCAUUCCAUUUGCUAAAGACCAAGCGAUGGGAGUGUACAGUUCGAUCUGGAAUGCUGAUGAUUGGGCGACUCAAGGAGGUCUUGUGAAAACGGAUUGGAGUCACGCGCCUUUCAUUGCUUCUUACAAAGAUUUCAAGAUUGAUGCUUGCGAGGUUCCGACAACGGCUGAUCUAAGCAAGUGUAGUGGAGAAGAGCAGAGAUUCUGGUGGGAUGAGCCGACUGUGUCUGAGCUGAGUCUUCAUCAGAAUCAUCAGCUUAUUUGGGUUAGAGCUAACCAUAUGAUUUAUGAUUAUUGUUUUGAUGCGGCGAGGUUUCCUGUUACUCCUCUUGAGUGCCAGCACCAUCGUCAUUUGUAGUCUAAGGGACAAUGUUUGUGUCUUUAACUUUAGUCAUGAUCAAAGAGAACAUGUUGUGGCUCUUUGAUGAUUCUGUUUUUUAUAUAUAAAUAAUCAAUUAUCUUUUGAUUUUGUUGAA